AUGUCUGUGGCGAGUUCCAACUCUUCGGCAAUUUCAACGGACGACGUAAGCACAAGCCACAGUUUUAAGGGCGUAAUGGCUCAGCUCCUGCCAAUUGCCGUCUCGAUUAUCAUUGUAAACGGCGUAGUGUUUCUGUUAUUCGCCAAAGAAAAGCGCUUGAGGACACCGAGAAAUUAUUUAUUGUUAAGUUUAGCCGUGUGCGACUUUAUGACGGGGCUCAUCAAUGUUCCUCUCAUCGUUAUCGUUUUUUCUACCCCGCCAGAUUUUAUUUUGGGAUUUUUCGUAGCUGCUCUGCAUUACUUGGUCGUGGUGCUAGUGGCGUAUCACAUCUUUGCCAUAACAGCGGAGAGAUAUUUCUCCAUCGUUUACCCUUUUCGCCAUCGGUGGAAGAUGACAAAAAAAUCCUCUCUCAAGAUUGUUGGCGCCAUUUGGACGGCAGCUGCGGUGAUCGCCUUCCUACCUGUCGCGUGGUGGUUUCCAAGAUUUCGCGUAAAUUCACCACAGAACAACAUUGCAACUGUGACACGCCAAAUUCAAACAGGCCAUACUGUAUUCUGUAUUGUUUUCGUGUUUUUAGUGCCGUAUGUUUUAAUUGUCUAUUCUCAAGUUGUCAUGUUCAAAACCAUCAGAAUUCGAAGGAAGACGCGAAGGGUUGGAAGAAAAAACUAUGCUGACUCUUCCGUCGCCCGGAAAGCUAAAGAUAUAAAAAGAUGUCUGAUAAUUUUCGCGUUUAUGGCAUUUCUUUUUGCUAUCUGCUGGUUCCCUUGGUUUGUGAUCAGCUUUUUCCAAGGUCUCUGGUUUCCUAUAGGUGAAGACGCAAAGUUUAUUGUAGAAGACUUCUCGCGAGCAUUUCUCAUCUUGAAGUAUCUCACCUCAAUUUUUAAUCCUCUUCUUUAUACAUUUCUCAAGAGAGACUUCCUGGACGCGUUCAAGGCUAUUAUUUUAAGAAGGAAAAUUCAACCGAGGAACGGUGAAACACCAACAGUGAGACUAGAAGUUUUAACACCUCACCGUACCGAGAAUUCAAAAUGCACUCGAGCUGACUCAUCAACGGCAAUGGAAGAGGAUGUCAUUGAAUAUAUAACAGUAUUGUAG